AUGGCCUCCGAACCGACCGAGGAAGCUAUCACCAGCUUCGUCAGCUUCACAAGCACCACACGCGAGCAAGCCAUCGCCUUCUUGAAGGCAAACAAUCUCGACUCACAGAAAGCGAUCAACGCGUACUUCGAAGAUCCGACAGGGUCUCAGCUACAGCCAAUAACUAGUUACUGGAAUGAUAACGGAGGCUCUUCAUGGGAUUUUGCUCAACAAGACAAUGCGCCACCAAUGCCACCGACGGCACCGCCCACUCGUCCUCCUUCCAGAGUAGAUAUACGUGACUCGGAACAAAACGCUGGGUAUCAAGAUUCUGUCGCGAUCGCUCCGAAAGAAGGUUCCGGACAUGGGCUCAGUCUGGCAGAACGCGAAGAAAAAGAAUUACAGCAGGCAGUUGCUAUGUCAUUAAAUUCGGACAUGGGGCAGCAGGAAACCGGGGUGACGUCGCAUAGACAGCCGCAGUUCAACAAAGCAACUCGGGAUCACUACGAGGAAGGUGCUUGGGCGAUGACCCUAUUCAACACAUCCUCCGAAGAAGUCAUGAUUAGCCCAGAUCCGGAAGACCGCAAAAGAGUCGAGGGCGAGCCUGCGUUCAUCCGCCCCAACACCGACGGCCUUUACCUAGGAGGACUCUUGACGAUUCUCCACAGUAUUCCCCUCGCGCGAGAAGCAUUGCUCUUACGGAAUAAACCACUGUUUGACUACGGCCAUGAGCCGCAGUGGUGGAACGGGCAACCAAUUAACCUGCCGAAGAUUGUCACGGUGAAUGAUGGUAAGACCGGGGAUAGCGACUGGGACGAUAUCAUUCAUGAGACCCAGCGCUUGAUGGCUUUUAUGGAUACCACGAAACGUGCUUUUGGCAGCAGCGACAGCUUAGCAAAAAUCAAUAGCAUGUCAUCCUUAUCGGCUGAUUCGGAGGAGAUUGUCACCAGGUUUUUGGAAGCGUGGCAUGGUGCAGCCAUCCAGGCAGAUCCUGAAAAUCCACUGACAACCAUAUUCACGACCUAUGCAUACAAGAGAGAAACUUUCGACGAGUUUGUUGAGCCCAUCACCAGGGAACUCUUCACUUUUGAGCCUCCUGUUGAGCAGGACAAUGAUCAAACGCUCUAUGACGUUUUGGAUUCAGCUUUAUGGUCUGACAGACCGGGGAAGGAAUUUGAUGACACAUGGCUUGAACACUUAGCAGACGUGCUAGUCAUUAGACUUGAUGCUCUUCAAAAACCAAACGCUGUUGGUGUGGAUAUUCACUCUGUGUUCUACCCAGAUCGGUAUCUUAGCAGCUGCCGAGAUCUCUCCCGUGAAUUCCGUGCAAAACGACAACAGAUACAGGGAGAUGUGUUGAAACUCGAACAACUCAUACAUCGCUAUACAAUUCCACGGGACCCCGUGGGCAACUCGACGAUCACGGAACUCCUCGAACAAGCUGCCCAGGCGGUGCCAGUGGUUACACCCGAGCAAGUGGGCGAGUCUGAUCAGUCUGAUUCAGGAGCGGCAGGUGCAGAGACAAUGCGAGUUGCAGAGGAAUUGAGAGCAAUCGCUACGAACAUAGAAGCUAAACUCAAAGAACUGGAAAUUAGAAAGCAGAGUGCCAUGGAGUCUCUUCGUGAGAUAUCAAAGACACUCAUCGAACCUCCCAAAUCACCUUCCGAGCCUCCUUUCCACAAGUAUACACUCCGAGGUGUAUGCACUGAACCGCAUGUGACUUAUGUUUUAUCAAGUCCUAGAACGACUACUCCGGGACACUUGAUGGAUAUGGACUCGGAGACCGAAAACAACAAUGACUACCAGUGGUGGCGUAUCAGCUUCUCAGGGGAAGAUGGAAAAACACGACAAGCCGAGAAACGAAAGGCCCAAGGCAACACUGCAGCUACACAGGAUAGCGAGGUUGUUGGCUACACUGUUCGGAAAGUUCAGGAGAUUGAAGUCCUCCAAGCCGCUCGUGAAGAGUGGAGUUCUGUCUUACUUGUUUAUGCGAGCGAGAAUGCAGUGAAUUCAAAAGUGGAUCCUGCGCCGUCACAGCUUCAGGGCUUCGUGAACAGGGACAAUGAUGCUUAUGGGGGCGAAUUCGAGAAUACCCCUACCAUAAUCUUUAGUGACCAGGAAGAUCCCUGGGCAGAGCCGAACAACGUGGAAACUCAGCCCAAAGAACAGCAGCCUGAAAUGUCAGAGAAGUCCACAAAGGUGAAUGUUUUUGACUACGAGGUCUCCGCGUUCGACGACGAGCCAAAGCCCAGCCAAGAGAUGCAGGAGAAGGAUGGAGCGAGUCUCUUGGGCCAUCCUGCCACUGCAAAUAACUCCACGGCGUUCACUGCCUCGCAAGUGGAUUUAGCGUGGAACAGUGCUGAUGAUGAGGAAAUGGCAAAUCAUCUUAAGCAUGCGAAGUAG